AUGCCCUCAGAAGGCCGUCAACAUUCCCAAGUUUUCUUCUCAGAAGAUCAGUUUCGAACCGAGAUGGAAACACGCCUGAGCCAGCCCGAGUUUGCAGAUGGUUGGAUCAAGUUCUGCGACGUGUUGAACAGCCCUUGGUGGGGGAGAGCAUGGGUCUUCCAAGAAUUCAUGGUGUCUUCACGAGCAACGUUCCUUUAUGGGCUGCACUCAAUGGCCUACCCAGAUAUGCUGAGACUGAUUUGCGAUGUCUGUCUAGUGACGUUGGAGAUACUCUUCGAACCAAACAAGACCCGCAGGACGCACAUCAAGAAAAAGCUCAGGCGUGCUCAAGCUACGCGAGGACAGAUUGCGCGCUCUAUUACCAAGGUUCUCAGUAUCCUUCUAGCUAAGAAGGAAUGGCUUCAGAGCUUUGACCUUAAGAGGCUUCUGGUUUAUACGCAGAACAGUCAGUCCUCUGAUGAACGGGAUCGGAUCUACUCUAUGAUUGGACUCGCGCAUCCUGGCUAUGCAAUAACACCGGACUAUUCUUCUCGAAACAAGAUUGAGAACCUUCUGGUGGAAACGACGAAACGUAUCAUAGUCUUUGAGGAUAGCCUGGAUGUCUUAUCAUAUCUAAGUCGCGGUGAUCCGUCGUCUUCCGGCCCCGGAGAGUUGCUCCCCUCGUGGGUCGUUGAUUGGACUAAAGUUCAGAACACCCUUGAGCCCAUGCUGUACAGAACAAAUAUGAACUGGGAUGGCAGCAAAUUCGUUGCUCAUUACAUCAAAUCAGGGUAUGCUGACGCUUUAUUCAUGCAAGUACCACAUCCAGUUCACCCUGAACUGAGCACUACGGCGUUGCAAGUGUGGGCGGUGUUCCUCGAUACCCAAUUCAUCAUUGGCCGUCAUAAGAUCUUUGUCGGUACGAAUGUUUUCACAUUCAGGGCUAGGUUUCCAGUGCAACAAGAUGAUGAACUAUGGGUCCUCUGCGGCUCAUCGGAGCCUUUUCUAUUGAGGAGAUUUUCGGGAGGAUACAGGAUCGUCGGGCCGGUGCUUUGCCUUACUUUUGCAGUACGACCAGUACGACCUCCUAUCUGGAAUGUCGAGAAUUUGAGCAAGUACACUGACGAAUCGGGAGAUCUUGACCCUUCUAAGAUGGAAAGGAAACGGAUUACGAUCGUUUAG